AUGAAGACGAUUACGACGCUGUUGGCGCUUGGAGGAGGCGCUGCUGCCACCGUCGCCGCUCACGCGCAGGGCGUCGCGCAGGUCCUCCUCCCGGCUCAGUGGAAGCCCAGCGACGAGCUUGGUGUCUCGGUGGUGCACGUCGAGCCAUCUGCGACAACCUUUGCGCUUGGCUGCCCGACCAAGGCGAGCGACUGCUCAGUGCUGAUCCCGACGAUUACGCAGGGCGCCAUGACCUGGGGGUAUGGCGGGGAGUGGCAGAACAUCCAAGGCGUGGACGAGUACACGCUGCGCAACGACUGCGACAUUGCGCGAGGCACCAUGAUCUGCACCACGGCCGUCACGCAGGUCAAGGACGACGUGACAAAAUCGGCGCAGAUCACCGGCACCACGACUUACCUGGGGGAUCUCGUCCACCCGAUCCCGAUCACGGCGGGCAUCAAGAAGUUGGUCAAGCACACGCAGGCGACAACGACGACGACGACGAGCACGCCUGUCGAGACGUCGACCUCGGCCUCGUGGACUUCCAUGCCCGUGGAAACGUCAACCAGCAGCAGCAGUACCACCCUCGCGACGAGCACCGCGACGACACUGACGGGCGGGCUGAUCCCCACGCCGGAUGGCGACGAUGAUAGUGCGACACCAACGGCGACGCCUUCCGUCAUCCCGAUCGACGUGCCUGGCGCUGCUGUGUCUGUGGACCGUAGGUCUGCCAUGAUGGUUGCUGUCGCGGCUGUCGUUGGCGGUGCUCUGUGGCUUUAA